AUGGCUGCUGCUAAACCCAAAGGCCAAAAUUCUUUAGCCCUCCACAAAGUCAUCAUGGUGGGCAGCGGCGGCGUGGGCAAGUCGGCCCUCACGCUGCAGUUCAUGUACGACGAGUUCGUAGAAGAUUAUGAGCCCACCAAAGCGGACAGCUACAGGAAGAAGGUGGUGCUGGACGGCGAGGAGGUCCAGAUCGACAUCCUGGACACGGCCGGGCAGGAGGACUACGCCGCUAUCCGCGACAACUACUUCCGUAGCGGCGAGGGCUUCCUAUGCGUUUUCUCCAUCACUGAGCUGGAGUCCUUCGCCGCCACCGUAGAUUUCAGAGAGCAAAUCCUGCGAGUCAAGGAGGACGAGAACGUCCCCUUCCUCCUAGUGGGCAACAAGUCGGACCUGGACGACCGGCGGCAGGUGAGCGCGGACGAGGCCAAGACCCGCGCCGAACAAUGGGGCGUCUGUUACGUGGAGACCUCGGCCAAAACCCGUGCCAACGUCGACAAGGUCUUCUUCGAUCUGAUGCGCGAAAUACGAGCGAGGAAGAUGGAGGACAGCAAAGAGAAGAACGGCAAGAAGAAAAGCAAAAGUUUGGCUAAGAGAAUCCGAGAGCGAUGUUGUAUUUUAUAG